AUGAAUACCAACCAGGUGAACUUCGACCCUCCGAGAAAUUUUCGAACAACAUUGAAAUCUAAAUGUAAAGAGACAUUCUUCCCUGAUGAUCCAUUCAGGGAGUUCAAGAAUGAGAAGCCUUUCGUUAAAGCCAAGAAAGCCGUUCAAUAUUUUGUUCCAAUUUUUGAAUGGCUCCCUCAAUACAAUUUGAAGUUGUUUAGAUUCGACCUUCUUGCUGGUAUCACCAUUACCAGCCUUGCCAUUCCUCAAGGAAUCAGCUAUGCCAAACUCGCUGAAAUUCCUCCAAUCAUUGGCCUGUACUCCAGCUUUAUACCUCCUUUAAUUUAUGCAAUUUUCGGGAGUUCGAAACAUCUGGCAGUCGGAACAGUAGCUGCGUGCUCAUUGCUACUGGCAGAUACAAUUGGAUCCAAAGUAUCAUCUAAAGAUGAUCCAACAUUGUACCUCAACUUAAUCAUGACGACCGCUUUCAUCACUGGAGUUUUUCAGGCUGCUUUAGGUUUUCUAAGACUGGGAAUUCUGGUGGAUUUCUUGUCACAUUCCACCAUCACUGGUUUCAUGGGAGGGACUGCAAUUAUUAUCUGCCUACAGCAAUUGAAGGGCUUGCUUGGAAUAAUUCAUUUCACCACCAAAACAGAUGUGGUUUCUGUUUUGCAUGCAGUUUUCAAAAAUAGACAUGAGGUUCGCACAACAAAAGAUUAA